UAAAAUUUAGGUCUUCAAAGAUAUGAAAGUAAGGAGGAAAGUGCUUUUUCUCAAAGUCAAAUGUACUAAUAGAUCAUCAAAGUCUGCCCAAGAAGCUUGUAAAUGGAUAGGAGAACUGAACUAUAUACAGAUCAUCAUAACGAAUGCAAGUUUCAGAUUGUCGAGUGUCCCAAAGAUUGUGGUAACAGCGUGCGAAGAUGUGAGUUUUCUCAUCACACAACAGUUACCUGCCCUCGACUUCUUCUAACUUGUGGCAGCUGCAAGGAAAAAGUCGAAAGUCGUAAUAUGAAGAGCCCUAGGAGUUGCUGUCCAAAAUUACCUAUCGAUUGCACUUUGAAAUGUGGAAAGAAAGUGGAAAGAAGACACUUGAAAAAUCACGCUUCUGAGUUAGGAGAUUGUCCCAAUACGUUAUUGCUUUGCGUCUUCAAGGACGUGGGAUGCGACGUUACGGUUAAGAGACAUGAAAUGGAGCAACAUUUAACUACAGCAGUAGUGCAGCAUCAGAUCAAACAACAUCAGAUGGUGAAAGCACUGAGAGAUAAAAACAAGACACUGAGAGAUGAAAACAAACAGAUCAAAGAAUCACUGCAUUUUGUAGACUCUGCUCUCAUUUAACUGUUUCCAUCUCAAAGUGAAGAUAUUGUGUGCUGUUGCGGUAAAGCUAUUGUACGGUUUACCGUCUCAAAUGGUAAGGUACCGUACACAACAAUUAAGCAUUUCUUUGCUCAUUCGGAUGGAUACAAAUGGGCAUUAAAGAUUCGGCCUGUGGAUGGUGACCUGUGUGCUGCAUUAUUUCUGUCCCUGGUGACCACGACAGUGAAUUGAAGUGGCCGUUUAGACUUCGUCAUACGAUUACGUUAGCUGGCUGGCAUUACUAUGACAUCAAAAUGACAAUAGAUCCUGCAAAACUAGAUGAGGAGUUCAUUGAGUAUUGCUUUGGCAACCCUAACGUCUGUCGUGCUGCCUGGUCCUCGAUGGUGCUAGAAUAACGUCGUUGCGCAGAAGCUUCGCUUCGUUUCUCUAAAUCUUUUCUUUUUACUGAAAAGUACGUGAAGAACGAAGAGAUUGUUAUCGUUGUUGAAAUAGACAAAUGACAGCAUUUCUGUUUUUAACGUAAAAUGUGUUGCAAUGCAAGCAAUCGUUGUCUUUAUUAGUUGCACGUGUCACUUGAAGUCUUUGAAGAGAUUGUAGAAAAUAUACCAAGAAUUCCA